AGUUUUGGGAAAUUACAGUUACUAUUAGUUGUUACUGUCAGUCAGCAAUAACAAGCAACGAGCGAACAACGAAAGACCACACCCUCGAAAAUCGCAACAGGGUCUCCGGUUAGACAUUCGUUGCCAGAUCAAAAUCGAAAUCGUCGCCUAACACACACACACACACACAUCUCCUGACUUGCCACUCCACUCGACAAUCACACAAUAGUAUGUGGACUGUUCUUCGCACCACGAGAACGACCGCUACUCGAUUCACCCGUCGUCAGAAUCAAACCCAGACUGCGACAGCGGUGGGGACUACGACGCUACAGCCAGAUCGAUGGAUGAGUUCCGCAGCACAGCAGGAAGAUCCACGGGAUGAGGAUGGUUACAGUGAUAGUUGUACCGACUUGCGACAUUCAACACCUCAACAACCGGUCAAUCACUUUGCGACCAUGGGAUUGACACCGCAGUUCGUGGUGGACGAGCAGCAGCUCAAACAAUCUUACAAACGUCUCAUGACAUCACUACACCCGGACAAGCACACAUUAAAGUCACAAUCCUCCCAAGACGAAAGCCACGACUUGGCUUCGAGAGUAACCCUGGCGUACGAUGUUUUGCGGCAGUCGCUGUCCCGGGCAUCCCAUUUACUGGAACUGAACGGUCGCGGUAUGGAGGACACCGCCUCCGGUAAACUCGUGGGCGCGUGCUUUCUUAUGCACGUUAUGGAUUUGCGGGAACAAAUUGACGAAGCCAACGACGAUGCGUCGUUGAAAAAAUUGUGGGACGAGAACGAAGUACGCAGCCAGCAAGUCUGCGACGGUCUGGCGGAAGCCUUCGCCCAGGAAGAUUUCGACGAGGCCUUGCGCCUGACGGGGAAGCUGCAGUACUGGAAUCGUGUGCAGGAAACGAUUCGGGAGAAAAUUGGAAGCCUGCACGAUGCCUGAAUAUCUUUUUUCUGUUGGACUCGUCUAUGCCAUUCCCCCAGAGCCACUUGUUUUCCUAUAUUGUUCGACUGUGUUUGAUCGUAUAUCUAAUUUCUGAAUUUAUAAUUUUGACAUACAAGUAUU